AUGAUUCGUUCAAGCCUUGUUGCUAUGUUGGCAAUUUGCGCAGAUUGCUCGUUCUGUGGCAAAGACUUCGUUACGCUGGGCCGUCAUUCAUGGCGUUGUAAAGAAAAAAUAAAUCAAGAUCGUCCUGCUAACACAGUCAAUCAAAAUAUGCCGGUUAUGCAUUCUCCUGUCAGAAUCUCAAACACCAACGACGUUAAGUGUUAUUGUGGUAAAUCAUGUAAAGGUACGCGGGAGCUUAAAAUGCACCAACGUAGUUGUCGUGUAAUACAUGGUUUAAAUGAUGAAUUGCUUACAGACCUUGAACAGCAAUCUACUGAGAACUCGACUACGAAUACUUCUACUCAUUCUACAUUUGAGGAAAUUGAUGUAAUGGAAAAUAUUGCGAGCGAUCAGAAUUUUCCAGUGUUGAAGAAAGGGGUAAAGCUUCCCAAAAGCGACGCAGAAUGGUCAACGGCUGACAGCUAUUUCAAAUUUGAAUUGCGACUAAAUGCGCCAAUCAGAAUUGAAGAUCUAAGCUCAAGCAUUACGCUAAUGAAUGAUAUUGUCUACAACUAUUUCGCUGAUAACUUCGGUUAUGUUGAGAAGAUGCCGGAUAAAGAGCUAGUGAAUAAGUAUAAAGAUCAAACAGUAAAAGCCUUAAAGAAAUGUCUAAAACAACUAAAGCUAUCGAACGCUGAUCCUCACGAAAUCAAAUAUGUAGCUCGCACAUUGCGUGAUAAGUUGCGUAAUGCUUGUCAAAUCAAUACAACUCAAACCCAAAACAAAACGUUCAAUCACGACAAUUACAUUAGUAGAAAUUUCUGGGGUUACGUUAAGAACGUCCUGAAUAAGAAUACUUGCCUACUUCCAUGCUUUACAAUGUCAGAAUGCCUAAACUAUUUCAAGAAAACUCUAUGUUCAAUUAACCCAAACAAACUGUUUUGUAUUCCAAGCUGGAUUCCGAAGUUAUCCGAUCCUAUCGUAAACUUUGACCUUCAACCCCCAACAUAUCGCCAAGUUACAAACAUUAUUCGCAGAAUGAAAGCUUCUGGAUCGCCUUGUCCUCUAGAUCAACUUUCAAUCAUUUGCUUCAAACGUUGUCCAUUCUUGCGCACUUAUCUAACCGAAGUGAUUCGUAGCGUCUGGUCUUCGAAAUCUGUACCAGCUGAAUGGAAAAAAGCGUGUUCUAUUCUUAUCCACAAAAAAGGCAAUACAAGUGACCCCUCCAAUUUCCGCCCAAUUACUCUAGAAACUAUACCACUAAAAGUGUUUACCUCUUGUCUCCGCAAUGCUAUGUUCUCGUUCCUAACUGCUAAUAACUUUAUUGAACAUCAGAUUCAAAAAGGUUUUACUCCCAAUCUGUCUGGCACUCUGGAACACACUGCUCAAAUGACAAAUAUUAUCAACCAAGCGAGAAUAAAGCAGCGCUCUGUUGUCAUCACCCUUCUCGAUCUCAAGAAUGCUUUUGGUGAAGUGCAUCAUAAUCUAAUUCAAUCUGUCCUCGACUAUCAUCACAUUCCCAAAGACGUUAGUGAAAUAAUAAAGAGCUUGUAUACGGACUUCAAUACUGCAUUUAUAACAUCAGAAUUCUCCACCCCAUUUAUAACUGUCGGUCGUGGAGUUCUUCAAGGAGACUGUCUUAGUCCUCUGAUUUUUAAUAUGUGCAUCAAUACCUUUAUUCAACAUAUAAAAACUGACAAAUACCGGCAAUUUGGUUUCAUUACAAAUCUUUUAAACCCAGUCCAUUGGUUCCAGUUCGCUGAUGAUGCUGCGGUAAUAAGCGGUCAAGAUUCAGAAAAUCAACAUCUUUUAAAUCGAUUCUCGAUCUGGUGCCAGUGGUCUAACAUGAUUGUCAGGGUUGAUAAGUGUUCAACAUUUGGGAUCAGGAAAAGUCUCACAAAAUCUAUCCAAUAUUUACCUAAACUUCUGAUUAACAAUGAAUUGAUACCUGCCACUAAAAUUGGAGAGUCGUUUCGAUACUUGGGGAAAUAUUUUGACUUCAGUAUGUCCGAAAAAGAACACAAACAAGAGCUAAUCACUCUCAUGGACGACAUUAUGUCUGAAAUUGAUCUCAAACCUUUGCACCCAAAAAAUAAACUUUUGCUUUAUAGUCGUUACCUCCUUUCCAAACUUUCCUGGCAUUUCACUGUAACCACCUUAUCAAAAACCUGGGUCUCUGAAAAUAUGGAUUCUGUGGUGAACAAGUACGUACGUAAAUGGCUUGAAAUACCUAUAUCAGGAACUCUAUCUAACGUCUACCUUACCAGUAACAAGUUUGGUCUAAAUAUCUAUCCGCCGUCAAUUAAGUUUGUUCAGUGCCAAACAGUUGCUCGUAACGCCUUAAAGACCUCUCCAAAUCAUUCCAUAAAAGACCUCUGGAAAAUAACAUCUGAAAGCAAAAACAUUCAGUACGACGUCUACACCUCGACAAAGGAAGUCCUUAAAACUUUUACCUCCGGACAAGAAGACAAACUGCAGAAUCAUCUGAUUUUGCAAGGCUCCUUCUUCUCAAAUGUCAUUAAGUUUUCACUGUCGAAAUUAAACGGUAUAUGGUCUAAAUCCCAAUCAAACCUCCCAAAGAACAUCUAUAACUUCACCAUUCGUUACAUCAAUAACUCACUUCCAACUCGUAAAAACCUUACUAAAUGGGGAAUAUUGUCCAACUCUGAUUGCUCCUUCUGCUUAAACCCUGAAACCCUUUUACACGUAGUUGCUGGAUGUCAAACGUACCUCCCACGAUUUACAUGGAGACAUGAUUCUGUUCUGAACUUCAUAGCACAAACGCUACAACCUGUAAACAACUCCAAUCUUUUCGUCGAUCUUCCUGGUUAUAAAAGCCCAUCAAUUGUAACUGGUGACACAUUCCGCCCAGACCUACUUCUAUCUAUCAACUCGGAUUGUCUCUUAUAUAUCCUUGAACUUUCUGUUGGCUAUGAGUCUAAUCUACAAACAAAUGUUGAUCGGAAAAGAAGAAGAUACGAAGAUCUCAUUACACAGCAAAAGAAACAAUUUAAGUCCGUAAAAUUUGUAAAUUUGUCAAUUAGUUCUUUAGGCGUUUUCUCAAAAGAAUGUCAUUCCUUUUUAGAUAUGUUAACUGAUCUAGGUCUUGAUAAAAGACACCAAUAUUUCGCUAUCAGGAAAAUUAUGUCUAUCGCGAUUAGGACAACAUAUUAUAUAUUUUGUUGCAGAGAUAAGGACUGGUUAAACCCGGAAUUACUGAACAUUUAA